AUGGCAGCCAUCUCCAGCCUCGUCUUAAGCGACAAUCUGCCAUCCAAGGACAGGAGAGAUGACUUGGAAUCACCGACCACCCCGCGGCCGGAUCGUUAUGCAUCGACAGUGUUGGAUGAGGCCAAAGUCGCAGUCACAGAUCAUGCCCUACAGUCCCGGCCGAGCAUUUCAACCACCUCCCAGCGACCAAGUCAAGGUACGCAGAUGGAACAAACGGAUGCUGAAGGCGAUGAGUCUACAAUGAGAAGAGAUGGCGACGAAGCAAUGUCAAGCGCCAUGGACUUGGACGACGAUGACACCGGCCAGCCUGGCUCGGACAACGAAGCCGAGCCAGGUGAGGCAGACUCUGCCUCGAGGAAGAAGAAAGGUCAGAGAUUCUUCUGCACCGGCUACCCGCCUUGCAACCUCAGUUUUACUCGAAGCGAGCACUUGGCUCGUCACAUUCGAAAACACACGGGUGAACGCCCGUUUCAAUGUCACUGCAAUCGCAGAUUCUCUCGUCUGGACAACCUGCGCCAACACGCUCAAACCGUUCAUGUCAAUGAGGAGAUUCCGACGGAUUCCCUUGCCGCCACCGGCACUCGAUUUCAGCGACAGAUCCGGACCGAUCGUGUUAGACCAACAGGUCGCCCACGAACCGGCACCGCUGGUAGCACCGGUAGUCACAGUCGUGGUCACAGUCGCAAUCUAUCCGCCUCAAGUGUUGGCUCAACCUCCUCCAACUACAGCAUAGUCACCGAUGGAAAACGACGGCCGCCGCCUCUUCUUAUGGCCAACGAGAACGUGACCAGACCGAACUUGGGACUUGAACCACCACACACUCCUCCAGCCCAGUAUCGUGGGUAUAACCCAAAUUCCCCCGGUGGUAUGAGCACGCCCACCUCUGCCAACUUCUCUGCCACCCCUGGUAGUCCAGGCUUCUUGUCCUCAAUGACUUCACCAGUUUCAAGCAACGCUCGCUUGGGUGGUUUUUUCGGCUCGAGGCCACAUUCCCGCCGCUUGUCUGUGCCCUCAGGGCCUAAUCCAUAUCAAAACCAAUAUCCUCCCGGUUACCCUGUUGGCUAUCUAAACCAGAUGGGCCCACCAAGUUCCCACGCAUCGUCGAAUUCAAGUGUGUUUGCUAGUCCAACCACUGCGACAUUCCCUGGCCAACUUGUUCCACCUGGAGAAGACUGGCGCAGGCGAACGUGGCACGCGUCGACUUUUCCGGCCGGAAAUUUCAACUACGGACGCCCCGCUACGAGCGGGCUGACAUACUCGCAGACACCAGAUGCCCCCCAACCUGCGCAUGCUCAACGCGCCACAGCAGCGGCUGGACAAGCCCCUCGACUACCAGGAAUAGAGAGUUUUGACCAUGUCCAGCACCGCUCGUACACUCCUCCACGUCGUCAACCAAGUCCUAUGCAGGUCGACGCGAACAUGUCCUCAUCAGUUGCGGGCCAGGAUCCCCGGAUACGCCAGGGUCAUGUCUCGUGGGAAGGCCCUCGUCCCAGCCAGUACCCUGACCUUGAUGAACACGCAGAUCGAAGUCUGGGAGCAGGGGGAUGGGGUCAGCAGACACUUAAUGAAAUCCAGAGCGUGGGCAUCCGCUACCAUGAUGCUCCCAGGCCUGUUGACAUGCGACCUCCGCCCCCGUCCGCGAUGACGGCUCAACAGCACCAGCAAAUGACGCGUGAGGCGCUGGAGGGACAGUCUUCAGCCAACAGAACGAAACGACAAGCAUGGUAUGGUGGACCCACGCCAACCCGAACGUCGCCUGAAGAUUCCAGUAGCAGUGACGGCAUCCCUACUCCUGGUAUGACUGCAGUUGAAGUGCACCCGAUGAUCAUGCCCAGUAGUGGAUAUAUAGAACCACAGCAUGGGCCGUUGGCUCCCGAUACACAUCAGAAUGUCUGUCUUGCGCCAGCUCCAUAUAUUGAACAAAGCCGCCACCAAAAUACGACUUCCUUUGGUGACCGCAACGGAACUGGCGGAGGGAUGAAUCGACUGGAGGCGCUGGUCGCUGUGGCGACGAGUGGGGAUAAUGCUGCCCGAUGA